UCAUAUAAAAUCUUUAAACAAAAACACAAUUCCGAACUCAAAAUUCCCAAUUUUUGUCUUUUUUUUUUUAAUAAUGGAUUUUCCCGAUGCUUCUUCUUCUUCUAAUUCCGAAUUCUUCACUUCCCGCCGAUCAAAUUUCUCCGACGAGGAGCUUCUCCUGGCAUCCCGACACCCCAAGAAGAGGGCCGGAAGAAAGAAAUUCAAGGAAACUCGCCACCCUGUUUACCGUGGUGUCCGCCGCCGCAAUUCCGGCAAGUGGGUCUGCGAGGUCAGAGAGCCCAAUAAAAAGACUAGGAUUUGGCUCGGUACUUUCCCCACCGCCGAGAUGGCUGCUCGGGCUCAUGAUGUAGCCGCCAUCGCCCUCCGCGGUCGCUCUGCUUGUCUUAAUUUCGCCGACUCUGUUUCCGCGCUUCCUCGCCCGGCUUCUCUUGAUCCCAAGGAUAUUCAGAGGGCCGCGGCUGAGGCUGCAGAGGCCUUCCGCCCGCCGGAGACUGCCCCGGCGGAGGAUAUGUUUUGUUUCGAUAACGAUGAGAUGCCCGGGUUUCUGGCGGACAUGGCGGAGGCAAUGCUGUUGCCGCCGCCCAAUUGUGUGGCGACUGACCACGACGACUAUGGGCCGAAUUCCAUGGAUUUUGAUGCCGACAUGUCGUUGUGGAGUUACUCAAUUUGAUGACCUCAUAAUUAAUUACAUAAUUGGGGUUUUUAAA